AUGCCACAUCCACCAUCGCUGCCGGAGACACCAUCCGUCCCGCAGAUCGCCCAUCCCAGUCGAAGCCAGCCUCUCACCACCGAUGCCGACCACCCCGAUGCACCCCUGCCAAUUGAGCAGCCCUACCGCGAUGACACCAGCCAGCCACCCUACGACCAGCUCGUGCGGUACGAGCCUAGGCCGAUCGACGAGGACGAGGAUGUCGCAGCGGAGGCAGCGCGGCCCCGCACGGCGUGGCGGGCCAAGCUGAGGGUGUUUUGGCUGCAGAAUAAGGGCAUGUUCUUGGUGCUGAUGGCACAGAUGUUUGGGGCCAGUAUGAAUGUCAUGACUCAACUUCUGGAGAUUCAUAGCUCGAUGCACCCGUUCCAGGUGCUCUUCGCCCGCAUGUCCAUCACAGCCGUGGCAUGCUACCUCUACAUGUGGUACGCCAAGGUGCCCGCGCCGUUCGGCACCCGCCCAGUCCUCAAGCUGCUCCUCCUCCGAGCAGUCUCCGGCUUCCUCGGCGUCUACGGAUUAUACUACUCUGUGCAGUACCUGCCGCUCUCUGAGGCGACGGUGAUCACCUUCCUCGCCCCGAUCCUGACCUGCUACGCGUGCUCCCUGCUCAUCCCCGGUGAAACCUUCUCACGGCGGCAGCAGCUCGCAGCCAUUGUCUCGCUGAUCGGCGUCGUGCUCAUCGCGCGGCCGUUCUCGAAGCGCGACGGCGCCGGCACAACGGCCGACGACGAGAGCCCCGACGAUGCGGACACCUACCACCACGUGCUAGCGACGAUUGUCGCGUCCGUGGGCGUGCUCGGCGGUGCGGGCGCCUACACGUCUAUCCGGAUGAUCGGCCGACGCGCGCACCCGCUCGUCUCGGUGACUUAUUUCUCCAGCGUCACGACGGUGAUAUCGGUAGUCGCCAUGGCCGUGCUACCCGGGGUGCCGUUCCGGCUGCCGUCGACCGUCACGGAAUGGAGCCUGUUGACCGGGCUGGGCGUGUGCGGGUUUCUGCUGCAGUUCCUGCUCACGGCGGGGCUGAGCUAUGUGCCGCCGGCUUGUGUGCGGGGGUCCCGGUCUUCGAGCCAGGGCUCGAAGGCGACGAACAUGGUGUUUACGCAGAUGCUGUUUGCCUUGUUCUAUGACAAGGUCGUUUGGGGCAGUACGCUCGCGCCGGUGAGCUGGGCAGGGUCGGUGCUGAUCCUGGCAUGUGCGGUUUAUGUCGCGGUUGCGCAGGAGGAGCACCAGGCGGAGCAUCCGGCCAAGACAGAGGAAGGUGAUGGUGAUGGUGAAGAUGAUGGGCGGUUCAAGGAUGGGGAUGACGAGGAGGCGGAGGUGGCUGCACGGGAGUGA